AUGGGACUUUUCCCGUUUUUUAAUCGAGGAGCGGGGAAAGUUAUCCACGCGAAGGUGACCACAAUGGAUGCAGACCUCGAUCGGAUUGUAGUUGAGGCGAGUUGGACUGGUCGUCACUUAUUCGAUGCAGUCUGUCGCAUAAUAGGCCUUCGUGAAGUGUGGUUUUUUGGCCUGCAAUUCACCAAUAAGAAGGGUUUGCCGUGUUGGUUACAAAUGGAUAGGGAGAUAAGAAAACAGGAUGUACCACGAGAGGGGGAUGGCUGCAUGCAGUUCUUAUUCUUGGUGAAGUUCUACCCAGAGGAUGUUGAGGAAGAGCUUAUACAAGAUCUCACAAGGCACCUUUUCUUUUUACAAAUAAAACAAGCCAUAUUAUCCAUGGAUCUCUAUUGCUCACCUGAGGCUUCUGUUCUUCUCGCAAGUUUUGCUGUUCAGGCAAUCAAUGGCGAUUGUACUGACGACACUGGGCCGUUGGAUCUGGAGAAGUUGUUACCGAAAAGCGUUAUUGAUCAGUACGAUAUGAGUGCUGAUAUGUGGAGAGAGCGUAUCAAACGUUGGUGGAUCAACAAUCAUGGGCAAUCAAGGGAAGAUGCUGAAAUGGAGUAUCUUCGUGUGGCCCAGGAUCUCGAAAUGUAUGGAAUACUCUACUAUCCUAUCUGUAACAAAAAAGAAACCGAUUUGCAUCUCGGUAUUUCGGCUCAAGGACUAGGAAUUUACAAGGGAUCGAAUCGAAUAACUCCGAGGCCGUUUUUCUCAUGGAGCGAAAUCAAAAACAUCUCGUUUUAUAACAAGAAGUUUCAUAUGAAAACGGUGGAUAAGUCAAAAAUAUCAUUUCGUGCUCAAGAAAGAACUAUCAAUCCUUCAAUUCUCGACUUGUGUAUAGGAACACACAAUCUCUACCUCCGACGUCGUCAGCCUGACACUUUAGAGGGUGUGUUCUUAAAACCACAUAUCGAAGGUUCAACAGAUGAAAGCCUUAGCGAAGAAGAGCGAGCACGAAGACAGCAAGAAGUUGCCCGAAUUGCGAGAGAGCGAGAAGAACGUCUUCAAAUCGAAAAUGAACGAAAUCAGUUGAAGGCUGAAGUAGAAAAGAUAGCGGAACAACUUGCACAGGCCAAGGAGGCAGCCCGCAAAACCGAGGAAACAGCGGAGCUACUCGCUGAGAAAGCGAGAGCGAGCGAGCAAGAAACGUUGAUGCUCACAAAAAGAGUCAGCGAAGCAGAGGCGGAAUGUCACCGGUUACAAAUGAAUCAUGUUAAGAUUUGGCCCAUGACUAAUAUGGCCUUGCAAGGUACGCUUUCUCACCAUCAACUGAUGAUGUCUGCUGGCUCACAAGAAGGUGAUCGCGGUGCGAUUUCCGAUCGGCCAGCGAUGCAUACGUCACAACAUCCUUCUUCGCUCAGCUCGAUGUUUAGAUCAGUGCCACCCAGCAUAGCCCAGAUUGUGCAUGCCCCUCCACCGGAUCCAUCGGUUAAUCAGCGACUCGAGUUUCAUAACUUACGCACGGAACUUGAAAAAUCCAGUGAUUUCUUACGGCCUCUUUUUUUUUUGGUUAUAUUACUUGGGAUGAUAGCAAAGAGAGCUGGAGGCUCUGUCGACAAGUCGCCAGCUGUCAGGAAGCCUAAAGUGGCCGAGGCGUCCGCUCCGAUCAUUGAGCCUGCGGACCUGUAUAAAAUGGAAGAUGAAAUUGCACGUUCAACAACACAUGCUGAGCUUGAGAAAAAUUUUCUACGCGAAUCAGCUAUGUUGAGGGCUGUUCUGCAGAAAUUCAUAGACGGCGAGACUGAGCCUUGUAGCUCUAGUGUGCUUCUCAAUAUCAUCCAGAUGCGUAGGUGUUCGAGGAUUGCCCACUAUGCUACGGCUCAGCUUCGUUCCGAAACGAGUGCACGACUGGAGCAGGUCGAAGCAAAAUAUUUACUACUCCAAAACUCGUCAAGUGAAAUACAGCAUUUACAAAAAGAAAUAAGUCGCUGUUUACAAUUC